AUGGAGGAACCUCCAACUUCAGUUCCGGCGACAGCGUCGUGCUGGAGCAACGUGGUGAAGAAGCAACCUCCUCCACCACCGCAGCACAACGAACCUGUAUUGGUGGAAACCACCGAAUCCUCCAAUGUCAUCUCCGUCGCCGUCGUGGACGCCAACGCCGUCAUUGAAUCCGGCGAAAAACUCCACGGCCUCGCCGACAAGUUCAUCUCCAUCCCUGAAGUCAUGAACGAAAUCCGUGACCCCGUUUCCCGCCACAAACUCUCUUUCCUGCCCUUCUCCAUUCAAACCAUGGAACCCUCCCCCGAAUCCAUCAAUAAAGUUGUCAAAUUCGCUAGGGCUACUGGUGACCUACAAACUCUCUCUGAUGUUGACAUCAAGCUCAUAGCUCUGACUUACACGUUGGAGGCUCAGAUUCAUGGGAUCAAACAUCUCAGGGAUGCCCCUCCUCCUGUGCAAAUGGUGAAUGUGAAGAGGUUGCCUGAGAAGGACAUGCCGGGGUGGGGUUCUAAUGUGCCUAAUUUGCAAGAGUGGGAGGCGUUGGAACAGGCAGAAGAUGCUACGAAUUUCAAGUCGAGAAUCCUUCCCUUGCAGGAUCUGAACUUAAACAUUGUUUCUCCAGAUGGUCACUCUGUGGAUGGUUCAGUGGAGAGGACUAGUGAAGCUGACUCGGGGAUUCAGGAUGGCGAUCAGGAUGGUUUUAUGAAGCCUAGGAAAUAUUUGCCUAAGAAAAAGGAGAUAAACAUUGAGGGAAAGACAAUGGUGGCUGAUGGAAUUGAUGCGUCGCAGGGAGAGUUUGAUGACAAUGCUGGUGAUUGGAUGCCAGCUGUCAGUCGGAGUACACAUAGGAGAUAUUUGAGAAGGAAAGCUAGACGUGAGUAUUAUGAGUCCAUAUCCAGUCCUCUAGACGAGCAAGAUUUGGAAGAAAAUGUUGAUGAUAGUGUGGGUGAAGAUGCUGGUGCUUUAAAUCAGCAAGUUCGUGAAAGGGAUGCUGAACAACAUGUUGAAAAUGCUGUGUCCGAGGAUACUCAGGUGGUAAAAGAGAACAAAGACAAUGAAAGUAUAUAUGAGAUUCUGCAACAAAUGACGCUGGAAACAGUACCUGAUGGCAAUGCAAAUGUGGUCACUAAACCAUGUGACAGUGAGAUAAAUGCAGUUGAUAACCAAUCAAAUCAAUUGGACGGUGCAAGCCAGACCAGUGAAGCUGCUGACUUUUCGUAUGCAGAUGAUGAUGGUAGUGAGCAAAGUUGGAUGGUUAGAUCUUUGUCUGAAUCAAGUGUAGCAUGUGUAACCGGUGACUUUGCCAUGCAAAAUGUUCUUCUCCAAAUGGGUUUGCGCCUACUGGCACCUGGAGGAACACAGAUACACCAGCUGCACAGAUGGAUACUAAAGUGUCAUGCCUGUUACACUGUGACUGCUGAGAUUGGGAGGAUUUUCUGUCCAAAGUGUGGAAAUGGUGGCACCCUAAGGAAGGUAGCUGUCACAGUUAAUGAAAAUGGAAUAGUGGUUGCAGCCCGCCGACCACGAGUUACAUUACGUGGCACAAAGUUUUCAUUGCCUUUACCUCAAGGUGGAAGGGAUGCAGUUACGAAGAACCUCAUUCUCCGUGAAGACCAACUUCCUCACAGGGUACUUUAUCCUAAAACGAAGAAGAAAGCCAGCAAACAGGAUGAUGACUUCUUUACACCAGACAGUGUCUUCAGCCACCACACAGAUAAGAAAUCUUCUUUCCAGCCUCCUAUAAGGAAAGCAAUGGCAGUUUUCGGUGGGAGGAGAAAUCCAAAUGACAAUCACUACACACGCACGAAACAUAAGUAG